UCCGGAAGUGAAGCGGCCAGACCACCGGCUAAUGGAUGCGCAGCGCGGGGCCCGCUGACCGCUCCCGGCGCCGGGGGCAACUUGGCUUGGCUGGACCUGAGACCCCGGCACGCCAUUGUAUGGAGUUGGGUGACAUCUUCCUUGUUAGAAGCUGAAUAAGUAAACUCCUUAACUCUCAAGGGUCAUUCUGGAUCACAUAAACAGGAGUCAAAGCCGCUCUGCUGUGAGACUUCUCUCCAGGAGUGCUGGGUGCCCGAGUAGAAGGUGUUUCCCCACUGACUAGAAAGAGGUGAAGCAGCUGUGACCAGACAGUGGUGAAAGUAGCUCUGGUGGUGAAAGAAGUGUCAGCACCGCCCUGGGGCUGCUGGCAUCUGCAGGAGAAACAGCAGCCUUUGGACUACAGUGCCUUGGGCAGUGACGCUGCCUCACCUGAGACACUAAUCACCCACUUUGGGUCAGGUCUAGAGCGGACACAGGAAGUCCUGACUGUGCCCUUGGACAAGAAAGGGUUGUUGGUCCAGAAGACUGCUUUUGGAGUAACCGGACCUAAGACUAGCUGUUCACUGGGGGGUUACAGGAUUAGAAGCUCAUCCAAGAUAUUCUAAGCCCCAAGGCUCUGCCUAUCUGCACCACACUAGUUGGCUCCUGUAGAGUUAGAAAGAGUAAAAAUAUUCGUGCAAUGGCACUGGCACUCUUGGAGGACUGGUGCAGGGUCAUGAGUGUGGAUGAUCAUAAAUCCCUGAUGGUUAUGGGGAUCCCAGUGGACUGUGAUGAGGCUGAAAUUCAGGAGGUCCUCCAGGAGACUUUAAAGCCUCUGGGCAGGUAUAGACUGCUUGGCAAAAUAUUCAGGAAGCAGGAGAAUGCCAAUGCUGUCUUAUUGGAGCUGGUGGAGGAAAUGGAUGUCUCAGUGAUCCCCAGUGAGGUUCAGGGGAAGGGAGGCAUCUGGAAAGUGAUCUUUAAGACCCCAAAUCAGGACACUGAAUUUCUGGAAAGACUCAAUCUUUUUCUAGAAAAAGAAGGUCAGACAGUUUCAAGCAUGUUCCGGGCCCUUGGGCAUGAGGGUGUGUCUCCAGCCACUGUGCCCUGCAUGUCACCAGAGCUAUUGGCCCAUUUGGUGGGACAGGCAAUAGCACAUGCCCCGCAGCCUCUGCUACCCAUGAGAUAUCGGAAACUGAGGGUUUUCUCAGGGAGCACUGUGCCCGCCCCCGAGGAGGAGCCCUUUGAAAUCUGGCUGGAACAGGCCGUUGAGAUAGUCAAAGAGUGGCCAGUAGCAGAGGCAGAAAAGAAGAGGUGGUUGAUGGAGAGCCUGCGCGGCCCUGCCCUGGACCUUAUGCAUAUAGUGCAGGCAGACAAUCCAGCCAUCAGUGUGGAGGAGUGUUUGGAGGCAUUUAAGCAAGUGUUUGGAAGCCUGGAGAGCCGGAGGACCUCCCAGGUGAGAUACUUGAAGACCUAUCAGGAGGAAGGAGAGAAAGUCUCAGCCUAUGUGUUACGGUUAGAGACCCUGCUGCGGAGAGCCGUGGAGAAACGGGCCAUCCCUAGGAAUAUCGCAGAUCAGGUCCGCCUGGAGCAAGUCAUGGCUGGGGCUAGCCUUAGCGAAAUCCUCUGGUGCAGACUUAGGGAGCUGAAGGACCAGGGACCGCCUCCCACCUUCCUUGAGUUAAUGAAGGUUAUCCGGGAAGAGGAGGAGGAAGAGGCCUCUUUUGAAAAUGAGAAUCUGGAAGAACCGGAUGAGGGAGAAGGCUACAGCCACUGGGAUAAUGAGGCAGAUGACUAAAGCCCAAUGCAGGGCAGAACCCACAGCCCGUGGGCCUGGAAUGUCCAGUUUGCCAGGCUCUGGCUUUGUCAGUAUUUGUGUCUUUUAUGUACACGAUGAAAACCAAGGUAUUUACUCCAGGCCUUGAUUCACCUGUCUAAGAAACAGCAUCUUGGACCCUACACAGUUUAUUCAUAAACAAAGAUGAAGUUCCAAAUAUGAAAUAGUCUAAGGGAAUCUAAACCACCCAUACUAAAGAGUUCCUUAAGCUCCCCCAAAUAGACCAAAGCUUACCCAUACCGUAGAAGAAAGAACUGAUGUGAGGGGCCUUCCUGGUGGCGCAAGGGGUUAAGCACCACACUAUGAAGCUGUCCGCAGCCUCUGCAGCACGAGUUCGAUCCCUGGCCAGCCGGGGAGCUACCCACAUGGCGCAGCAGACCUAGAACUGACUCGCCCGCUGCUCCCCUCAGCAGUGUUUUCAGUCAGUCUGCCUGUUCUGCUCCCCGCUCUUCCUCUGGUGAAUCCUCUCAGCCUCCUGUACCUCUGGCCUGUACCCCAGUUCUUGUAUGCAUAAAUAAAUAAAUCUUUAAAAAAAAAACUGAUGUAAGAAAAAACUCUUGGUAUCUAUUUAAAACUAAAGUGGUUUGACUCAUCAGGUGUUUUUCUCACUCAAAUCAGCAAAUUUUGAGUCUCUAGCAGUGUGAGGACUGUUCAAGUACAACAUUCGGAAACCUAUAAGCAUGAGCCAUGCUCUCAGGGGCCUCAGAGUCUCAUUGAGGACCUGGCCUUGACAUGUGAAAAGCUAAAUAACUUUAUGUAUAAAUACGUCCCCAGUGCCAGGAGACAUGUCAUUGCCAGCUGAGUCCAACCAUCUCUGCCUGGAGAUUUCUUUCUUUCCUUACUUGGGAAACACUUGUCCAUCCCUUUACAGAUAGACAGUUUCAGGCACUAUGUUCUGGCCCCAAACCACAGACGACUCAACCUAAUCCCUGCUUCAAGAGGUGCAUGGUGUGGGGGACAUCCUCAGGAAGGACAGAUGUCUGCAGACAAGGUGGAGAGUGGGCAUGUGCAGGCUGUUCGUAGGUUUAGUAAACAGAUGAGAAAAGAUGUUUAGUGGUGACAACAGGCAAAAAGGAGAGGACAGGAAGCCACAAUUAAUUGAGGGAUUCCAGUGUGCCAAGUGUUCUAUGUAUAUCUCAUUUAACAUGUCCAGCAACCCGGAAGGAGUACAGCUUUGCUCUUAUUGAAAAAGAAAGAAGCUGUAGCUCAGAAGAGUUCAGUGAUCUGUCUCCUCCGUAUCAAAACACCAACCAUCAUUUUGACUCAAGCUAAUCCACUCCAUGCCACGAAACUGGUUUUCAAAGUGUGCUCUGCAGUUCUGCAGAGAUUUUCCAGCAGUCCCAUCUUUAAAAUGAAUUUUGAACUUUUAAAAACUCUGAAAAAUGGCAGGUAGACUCAAAUGUGUUGAUGUCCAAAUUUUAACACAUUGGCAUUCACAACAGGUUCGCUUUUGUUUCCAGAUGGAUUUGUUUUGUGCAGACCUUGGAAGAAAGGUUCUCUUGCCAUAUGUGAGCAUAUAUCUGAACUCCUUUCAACUGUUCAUAGAUUAAGGAAGCUAUAGCACCCUUGGGCAUUUAAGUCUGGCCGGUGUGUGUCCUGUGAUGUCAAGUGGGUAGUAGAACAUAAAUGAGCCUGAUUCAAUUAAAAGUUGGACAAGUCUCUCACACAGUUGACAUAUAUUUGUAGCUUUGUGUUUACAAAAGCACGUUGCUUAACUUCUCUAAAAGUCACUUUCCUCAUCAGAAAAAUGGAAAGGAAUAGAAUAAUGUUGUUGCAGGAUUAAAUGACUUAAUGCCUUUUAAGCACUUAGCAUGAUGUCUAGAACAUAGAAAGCCCUUCAUACAUGAUGCUUAUUUUCUGCUCAAUGCAUGUGCUCUAUUGUUUUUACAAUUGUACAGUAACAAGUAAAUAUGUAGUCUGUUAGUCAAGUUGUGACAACAUUGCAUUAGAAACUCAUAGUUCUUAUUGUAAGCUAAGUGCUUAUUGUCUAUUAUCUUUGUGAUAAAUAUUCCAGCAACUGUUGACUGUUGUUAGUAAUUUGAAACUAUAAGUUAUUCUUUCUGAUCACAGAUAAAUUUUAACUGAAGAAUAUACUGAGAUUGUAAGAAAAGCAUUUUGUAACAAAAAGUAACAUUUGUGAUCAGUUAUUCAAGUUAUCUUUUCGGUACUCUUCAGCCAAAGUGAUACAAUUGUCCAAUACGCCCUAAUUUCAAGUAUUUUUGAAUUCAUGGAAAUGGUCUCAUAUUCAUUUAUCAACAGUAUGCAAAGUAAAAUGUUGUAAAUGUAAAGUUAUAAAAUAAAUACA